GCCCCGCGGAGGAGGAACCCCGACCACACCGGCCUCGGGCAACUUCCUGGGUCGCGCUCCCCACCCCCCGCGCGACGAGCAGCAGCCCCUCGGCUCUCUGCGCGCUCCCCUGCCUCUCCCUUAUCUCCCCCUGCCGGCGUCCGCCACACCCCUCCCCAACCUUUGUACCUUGCUCCCGAAUGGUCUUCCCCGGCGCGGGCCCCGGCUCACUUUCACUCGCCGCUCUCGGGACAGCGCCCCGCCAUGUGCACCGGGAAGUGCUCCCGCUUCGUGGGGCUCACCCUCAUCCCGCUCUCCCUGCUCUGCAUCCUGGCCAACGCGCUCCUGCUGGUGCCGGACGGGAAGACCUCCUGGACCGACAGCCGCCUCAGCCUGCAAGUGUGGCUCCUGGGCGGCUUCGUCGGCGGGGGCCUGAUGGUGCUGUGUCCCGGGAUCUCCGCCGUCCGCGCGGGGGGCAAGGGCUGCUGCGGUGCGGGCUGCUGCGGAAACCGCUGCAGGAUGCUGCGCUCCGUCUUCUGCUCGGCCUUCGGGUUGCUGGGCGCCAUCUACUGCCUCUCGGUGUCGGCAGCCGGGCUCCGAGUUGGACCCAAAUGCUUAAUAAACGGCCAGUGGGACUACCACUUCCAGGACACCUCAGGCUCCUACUUGAGCAACCGUACGCUGUGGGACGCGUGCGAGGCGCCGCCCCGCGUGGUGUCCUGGAACGUGACGCUCUUCUCGCUGCUGCUGGUCGUCGCGUGCCUGGAGACCGUGCUGUGCGGGGUGCAGCUGGUGAACGCCGCCCUGGGCGUGCUCUGCGGCGACUGCAGGAAGAAGGAGGGCGACCAGAGCUGAGGCCCCCGCCGCCUGCCCGCCCGCGCCCGGACCCCGUCGGCCCAGCCCGCCCCGGAAUAAACCUCUGAGCUCUCGUGCG